GUGAUCGACAUUUAUCGAUGUUGAUCGUCUUACCAUUGUCUCUGUCGGGGUUUAGGGGAGGCUUGUGUCGUCUCAUCGUCACAUUGAACUCAGCCUCGUCAGCGCGGACUCUCGACGAUGCAGGAGUGGGCGAGCAAGCUGGCUUACAAGCACAGAGUCGUAUGAUUGGGCGGGCGCAGGAGAGACAAAAACAUGUAUCAGAUUCCAGGCUCCUGCUAUGUUCGGUCGUUUGGGGCGACUUGCUGAUGAUCAGAUUGCGUGUACGCACUUGGAUUCCCCCGUUGGCUCCAAAUCGAGCGAGAUCGAGCACACAAAAGGCACUGAUUUGAUCUUCGUGUCGCCUCUUAUCCUGCUGAAUUGACCCGGUCGAUACUCUCGCAAGAAUCAUGGUAUCUCCUCCGCGUGCUGGUGCUGGCUGGUAUUCAUAUGCUUGUGGCACAUUGUUGGGUGCGAUCGUGCUGGGUAACUUUGGCCGAUGGCUCUUCUUAGACGGUCACGAUGCGCAUAGAUGUGGCUCCCUCCUCGCUAGAGGGUCAUGGUCUGAUCCUGAGACCCACACGCAAUGGCAACCAGAAGGCUGCUACCAUGCCCCACUCAAACCUGACGACUACCUCCAAUGCCUGACUAUGGCACCUUCAAAUGCUCGGGAUCUCGAGCUAGAAGAAUUUGGCGAGAACAAGCGGCGUAUAGUCUUCAUUGGAGACUCUACCAUUCGUACCUUGUUUGGAGGGUUUUUAAGAAAGAUCUACGGACCAAAUCGUCAAAUCAUCGAGCCCAAUUAUAAGCACUCGAAUCAACUGUAUACACUGGAGGAUGGAGACAACACCUUGACGAUGGAGUUCUGGUGGGACCAAUUUCUGAACACGUCGGCCAUCACCGAUCUCGUCUCGGGUCAGUCUGACCAACCGCCAGUCUCACUCCUCGUCAUCAGUUCUGGACUUCAUCAGAUGAGGCUCCUGGGUGAUCAGUGGAUGACCAGAUGGGCUGAGGAAGUCGAUAACGUCUUUUGCAAUCUCACCUCCAUUCAGGGCUCACCAGGACGACCGCUGAUCAAUCCAUGGGACGCCACGACGUUUCAAGUCGAGUCAGGGACAUUCGAAGAUCCCGGUGUCGAUCUUGGUCUGCCAUCAGUUUCAGGACCCAUCGUCGAGCUCAUCGAACAACCUGAUAUGACCCUCGAGCCCGUCGACGUGUCAGAUACGGACUCGAUCUAUGGACACGGAUCCAACAGACGCAUAGCUCGCAGUGUUGUUCCAUCAUUCCCCAUUGCCGACGCCACGAUUUUCAUGCCCACUGUGGACCCCGUUGAGCGCAUGCUCACUAAUGGUAGAGGCAAGACAUUGCGUCAUGCUAGAGCCAGGAAGAUGCACGCUCAUCUCGCCAAAAUCAUGUCGCGUCCGGAUCCUGCUCCCAUCGCCGUCUCAUGGGCGACGUUGGCGAUGGCGCACGAGGACGAGUCCAUAGAUGGGAUCCACCAUACGAACGCCAUGGCGGAUAGACAGGCAGAAGUUCUACUGGGCUGGAGGUGCAACGAUGUGAUUCGACAGGGAACUCCGUCGGGAACGUGCUGCAAGCGAUACAACUGGGUCACACCGGUGCAAGGUAUUCUCCUCUUGAUUCUUGCCCUGUACGGUCCACUCGGUACGGUUCUUAAGCAGCAUCUGGCUCCGACUUCCCGGCUCUCUGCGUUGCUGCCGCCAGCCUCAAUCUCUGACGCGCUAUGCUCAUUCGGUCUCGCCUGUGUCUAUCUCUUUUUGGCCGAUCGCACACCCAUCUUCCUCAAGGAGAACAAAGUUUACGAUUCGUACGUCGUUGGCGGUUGGAUGCUCGGCGCACUGUUAGUGGGUCUCGCGACCAUGCGGAAAGGGAAAGAUGGGGGAUUCCUACACCGUGACAUUACCGAUGAGUGGAAGGGGUGGAUGCAGAUUGCAAUUCUCAUCUAUCACUUUUUCGGCGCCUCAAAGGUGUCCAGUAUCUACAACCCAAUCCGGGUCAUGGUCGCAGCAUACCUCUUCAUGACGGGAUAUGGCCAUUUCUUCUUCUAUUACAAGAAGGCCGACUUUGGCUUCCGUCGCGUGGCCACCGUGCUCGUCCGACUCAACCUAUUGUCUAUCGUCCUGCCCUACGUCAUGGACACUGAUUAUCUCUUCUACUACUUUGCUCCGCUAGUUUCAUGGUGGUAUUUGACUAUUUACGCCACUAUGGCCGUCGGAUGCGCUUACAAUCAACGCACUUGGUUCCUCCUCACCAAACUGUUGGCUUCAGCUAGCUUGAUGACACUGUUGAUCAAGCACUCGCCAUGGAUCAUGAACGACGUUUUCGCCAUCCUCAACGUCGCAUUCCGGCACAAUUGGGACGCGAAGGAGUGGUCCUUCCGACUCGUAUUGGACCUCCUGAUCGUCUGGUGUGGCAUGCUCAGCGCUUUCAUAUACAUCAAAGCGCAGGAAGCCAAGAUCACCGAGAGGGCAUGGUUCAACAUCGCCCGGUAUCUCUCCGCUGGAGUAUCCUUCCUUGCUCUCGGGUGGUACGCUUACUUUGAGCUCCAUCAUCAAAAAUACGACUACAAUGCCUACCACCCCUACAUCUCCAUCAUCCCCAUCAUUGCCUUUGUCGUCCUGAGAAACCUUACUCCCACUCUUCGUUCCUACACCUCUGGCGUGUUCUGUUUCAUCGGUCAAUGUUCGCUCGAGACUUUCACUCUCCAGUUCCAUGGCUUCCUAGCUUCGGACACCCAUGCCAUCCUCAUGGUGAUCCCAGGGACUUCUUGGCGACCUCUCAACGUCGUUCUCUCUACUAUCGUCUUCAUCUGGCUCUCGCACAUGGUAUCAGGCGCCACGGGUACCUUGACGGACUACAUCGUCGGCAAGAAGGAAAGGUCCAUCUCGUUACCUCUUCCGGCAUCAAUCAACAUCAGGCGCUCUUCUGGCUCCGAGCCUUCUUCACCCUGCUCAGAGACGGCGCUGCUCGCCGACAGCGAGUAUGACCAGGAGAUGGCCCUCGCGGAGAAGGCUUUGAUCAAUUCCCCGCUGUUCGAAGCUCCCAGUAGACAGGAGGGAGCUAUAGCUAAAGUUAGCCAUCUUGCAGGAGAGAACCUAGCUGUAAGAAUGGGGCUCAUCGGACUGGGACUAGGCGCUCUGAAUUGGAUAUACUGAGCUCUUUUGGGGAUUUUUCCGCUGUACAUGUAUAUGUUGCCUUUCUAAUGGAUCUAUUCCAGAUCGCAUGAUCGGCCGAGCUUAGGUCCGAUGCUCCUAGACUUGCAUAUGCAACACCAUACAACGCCGAUC